GUCAAAUCAAUCUAUGAUUAUUGUUAUCUUAUCAACAAUUUGUGGAAUUAAAAGAAUAAAUUGAAAUACAAGCCAAGCAAAGACUUGUUUUACAUUCUAACGUUAAGAAUGUUAUGUAGACAAUUAUUAAAUUCAAUAUAAAAUGAGUGCGCAAAAGCCUAUCGUUAAAAAUGUACUGCAUGCAGGGCAAAAGUAUAUUCCUAUCGCCGACGGCAGUAAGGCACAUUUCCAUUUUCAAACAUGGAAAUUAGGAAAAGAAAAGAUACUUAUUGACGACAGUAAAAAGAUUGGCAAAAAGGAACCAAUGGUUUUAGUCAUAGGUCAUAAAUUCAAACUAGAAGUAUGGGAAACAAUAGUAAAAUUAAUGGCUGUUGGUGAAGUUGCUAGUUUUCGUGUUAAGAAAGAGCUAGUGUACAGCUACCCGUUUGUAUCAAAGACAUUGAGGGACCUGGGCCAGGAACAGCAACAAAUAAAACACACAUGCACAAUGACAUUGCACACAGAAGGCAUUGGAUAUUCAGACCUAGAUGACUUGAUAAGGAAUCCUUGUGAUUUGGAAUUUAUUAUAGAGUUACUUAAAGUCGAGAGAUCAGAUGAAUAUGAAAAAGAAGUCUGGCAACUUGACAUAAAACAAAGGUUGGAAUUAAUACCCACAUUGAAAGAAAAAGGCAAUAAACUAUAUGCGGAAAAGAAAUUCACAGAAGCAGAAGAUGCAUACAGUCAAGCUAUAGCAAUCUGUGAGCAACUAAUGAUAAGGGAAAGGAAGACUGAUGAAGAAUGGAUAACCUUAAAUAAAAUUAAACUGCCAAUUCUACUUAAUUAUGCACAGGUUAAACUAGUCCAAGAAGAUUUUUAUGCUGUUAUUGAGCAUUGUAAUACUAUUUUGGAAUACGAUAAAGAUAAUGAAAAAGCUUUAUACAGACGUGGCAAAGCUCAUGUUGGAGCAUGGAACCCAGAUAAGGCUGAGGAAGAUUUUAAACAUUUAAAAGCUGUCAACCCCAAUGUUGCAACAAUUGUAGAUACAGAAUUAGAAGUCAUAAAGAAGCUACGGAAAGAAAAAGCAGAACAAGAUAAAGAUGCAUUAAAAAACCUAUUUUUAAAAGAAAAUGAAGGAAUAUAAUAUUUGAUAUUGUUAUUAUAUAGAGCAUAUUUAAUCCAUUAACUGUUUAUGUUUAUAACCUGAAAUGUCCAUGAUUGUAGAAAAACUUUCUUAAUGGAUCCAUGAGAACUAUUGCAUUUGACCAAAUUGACCAUUUAACCAUAUUCAUUGAAAUAUGGUCAUGUUCGAAAAAAGAUUUGUCUAAAAUGAUACGGUUGUGAUUCAUCAUUCUUAUUAUUAUUUAAAUCGAUCAUCAAAACGGUAGAAAGAAACUUGGACUUAUUUAUAUUUUUGUGUGAAAUAGCGUUUAUUGUGUAGUUAUAAGCAGCUAAUCUUUGUUAAAAUCCCAAGCUAAUACUUACCAUAUAAUUUUAUACUUAUUAAUGAAACGCUUACUAAUAUUAACCAAAAGAAAUAUUAAGAUUGAAUGUAAAAUGACCUUUAAUACAGAAUUAUAACUUAAUUUUAGGACUUAAUGUGUUAUAUUGAAAUUGUUUCGUUUCCCUAAUUUUAUGUAUG